AAAUACGUAAGUAGGCGCACUCAGAACUACACGCGCCUUGAUUUCAUGUUGUUUAUUUUGAUCCCGACCGCAAACAGAGAGCAGAGAUGGAGAUGGCCACUCAGAUGACUUUUGAUCGAGCAACAACCAGUUUGUUCCCAACUCAGGCUCCGUCUAAGGGGGGCAGCACCCUGGUCACAGUGGAUAUAGUGGUGCUGGUGGUCUACUUUCUACUGGUUCUGGCUGUGGGAUUCUGGUCCAUGUGGAGGACGAAGCGCAGCACUGUGGAUGGAUACUUCUUGGCUGGGAAGAGUAUGACCUGGUGGCCAGUGGGAGCUUCUCUGUUUGCCAGUAACAUUGGCAGUGGGCACUUCAUUGGAAUGGCCGGAUCUGGAGCAGCAGCAGGAAUUGGGGCGAUUGCGUAUGAAUGGAACGGAAUGUUUAUGGUUUUGCUCCUGGGGUGGCUUUUCCUGCCAAUUUAUAUUUCCUCAGGGGUGGUCUGGCUGCAGUCAUCUACACUGACGCGGCUCAAACUGCCAUCAUGCUGGGAGGAGCGCUCACCCUCAUGGGUUUCAGUUUCGCCGAGGUCGGAGGCUGGAAUGUUCUGAUGCGGGAAUACACCAAUGCUAUUCCUACCAUCCGAGUGCCCAACUCGACCUGCGGCAUCCCUCGAGAGGACGCCUUCCACAUUUUCCGAGACCCGGUGAACUCUGACCUGCCUUGGCCUGGUGUUAUCAUCGGCAUGUCUGUCCCCUCCAUGUGGUACUGGUGCUCUGAUCAGGUGAUUGUUCAGCGCUCUCUGGCUGCCAAGACUCUGACCCACGCCAAGGGCGGCUCCCUGCUGGCUGCGUACCUUAAAGUCCUGCCUUUCUUUGCCAUCAUGCUCCCCGGCAUGAUCAGCAGGAUUCUCUACACAGAUGAAGUAGCGUGUGCAGACCCUGAGCUGUGCAAACAGAUCUGUGGGAACUCAGUUGGCUGUUCGGAUAUCGCCUACGCCAAACUGGUCAUGGAGCUUCUUCCUGCAGGGCUGAGGGGUCUGAUGAUGGCUGUGAUGAUUGCUGCUCUCAUGUCAUCUCUGACCUCCAUCUUCAACAGCUCCAGCACCAUUUUUACCAUGGACCUAUGGAAGAAUUUCAGAUCUUGUGCAUCUGAGUGGGAGCUCAUGAUCGUGGGCAGGGUGUUUGUGCUCGUGUUGGUCGUGGUGUCCGUGCUCUGGAUUCCUGUUGUCCAGGCCAGUCAGGGCGGCCAGCUCUUCAUCUACAUCCAGUCCAUCAGCACCUACCUGCAGCCGCCGGUCAGCAUCGUCUUCCUCAUGGGCUGCUUCUGGAAGAGGACUAACGAGAAGGGUGCAUUCUGGGGCCUCGCCGUCGGCCUCACUGUGGGCUGCAUACGCAUGUUACUGGACUUCAUCUACCCUGCGCCUAUGUGUUACGAAGAGGACAGCAGGCCUGGCGUGCUGAAAUACGUCCAUUACCUGUAUUUCUCCGUCUUACUGUCCUUCAUCACCCUCGUUGUGGUGGUUGGAGUGAGCCUGGCUACUGAAGAGCCGACUCCAGAACAGAUAAGUCGUCUGACGUGGUUCACCAGGUUCGACCCUGUGGAGCCUAAAGAUCAGGUGUUCUCAGUGGAGCAGGGCGUGGAGAGAAGAAGACCUGGAAGCGUCAAUGGACAAGCACGCCAUCACAGAACAGACUCAUCCGUUUCCAGCACCCGAACCCAGUCCAGGUUCAUGUCCGUCCUCUACUGGCUGUGUGGGAUGGAGCGACAGAGGGAAGGAGAUGUUAGUCCUGCGCCUGCACCUGAGUCRACCAUCUGUACUCUGGAGGAGAAGCCGCAUCUACGCCUCAUCGUAAACAUAAACCUCAUCAUCUGCCUCUCUGUAACGGUCUUCAUCAUCGGCUACUGGGCCUGAAAGGCAGCGUUCUGUAUGGACAACUGGGCUGGUUGAAAARUUUUGUACAGACUUUUGGUUUAUUGUCCUCUUUGUUGCUUAAAUCUAAGUUUUGUUUUUUAAACUACAUAGUUGCCAUUUUUAUUUGCAGUCUUGUAUGUAAUUAGGUCUUCAACUUGUGUUUUGAUUUGAUAUACUUGUUUUUAUGACAAUAAAUAUUCUGGUCAGUUAAUACAUUCAGAAAUGAAAAUUUGACAAUCUGCUAAAAUUGGGAAUUUUUUUUUCUAAAGAUCCAGCAUUAAAAAAAAAUCUGAGAAUUAAGAAAGGGAAGUUUGCAGAGAGACUCAAAAGUUGAUUUUAUUUGGUCAUAAUUGAUGCAAUCAGUUACAGGGGAAAAAAACAGCCCUCUACAAAAACAAAUCUAGUCCUUGAGCAUCAAAUACUAUGUUCAGUUCUUGGAUCAGCUCAGUGGACAUCAAAUAAAAGCAAA